CAAAAUCUCAAAAUCUUUCCAUUUCCAAUUUUCUCACACAUCUCUUGAACCAAACCGGACCCAAACUGUUCCAAUCAACGAUCUCCUCCUUCCUCUGCUCGAUUCCUUACCAGGCAAAGAGAGAUCUGAGAUUUGGGUUUCUAUGGCGGUUUCAAAUGCCUUGGUGGGUUGCCCAAAGCUUGAGACUUUAUUGAAUCUAUCGUCUACGUCUACUUUGCAAACACCAUUGGGUCUCAUUGGUGUUCCGAGGAACAACAACAGAACCAGACGUGGUCUCAUCCAUAGAGCACGUUGCGAGCUUUCUCCGUCUGAUUCUGCAACCAUCUCUGCUCUCGAACAACUCAAGAACUCUGCACCCGACAGAUAUACAAAGGAGAGAAGUAGCAUUGUGGUGAUUGGUCUCAGCAUUCACACAGCUCCCGUUGAGAUGCGUGAGAAGCUUGCUAUCCCUGAAGCUGAAUGGCCCCGAGCUAUUGGUGAAUUGUGCGGUUUGAAUCACAUCGAAGAGGCUGCUGUCCUCAGUACUUGCAACCGUAUGGAGAUUUAUGUUUUGGCUCUUUCUCAGCACCGUGGAGUCAAAGAAGUCACUGAAUGGAUGUCUAAGACAAGUGGAAUCCCAGUUUCGGAGAUAUGUCAGCACCGUUUUCUGCUGUACAACAAGGACGCUACGCAGCACAUAUUCGAAGUCUCAGCUGGUCUUGACUCUCUCGUCCUGGGAGAAGGUCAGAUCCUUGCACAGGUGAAACAAGUCGUGAAAGUUGGUCAAGGAGUGAAUGGCUUUGGGAGGAACAUCAGCGGCCUGUUCAAACACGCCAUAACAGUUGGGAAGCGUGUCAGAACAGAGACAAACAUCGCUGCUGGGGCUGUGUCCGUCAGCUCAGCAGCCGUCGAACUUGCCCUGAUGAAGCUUCCGGAAUCUUCACUCGCGUCAGCUAGGAUGUUGAUCAUCGGGGCAGGGAAGAUGGGGAAGCUUGUAAUAAAGCAUUUGGUAGCCAAAGGUUGCAACAAGAUGGUGGUGGUCAACAGAAGCGAAGAGAGAGUUACAGCCAUACGCGAGGAGAUCCCUGGCGUUGAGAUUACGUAUCGUCCUCUCGAUGAGAUGCUAGCUUCUGCUGCUGAAGCGGAUGUUGUUUUCACCAGCACAGCCUCUGAGUCGCCAUUGUUCUUGAAGGAGCACGUGGAGACUCUCCCUCCUGCUUCUCCGGAGAUCGGAGGAGUCAGGCUUUUUGUUGACAUCUCUGUUCCGAGAAACGUGGGGUCUUGUGUCAAUGAAGUGGAGACCGCGCGGGUUUACAAUGUGGACGACCUCAAGGAAGUAGUUGCGGCCAAUAAAGAAGACAGGUUGAGGAAAGCGAUGGAAGCUCAGACCAUAAUCGCAGAGGAAUCUAACCAGUUUGAAGCGUGGAGGGAUUCGCUAGAGACGGUUCCUACCAUCAAGAAGUUGAGAGCUUAUGCAGAGAGAAUCAGAAUGGCGGAGCUGGAGAAGUGCAUGUCCAAAAUGGGAGAUGACAUCAACAAGAAAACGACGAGAGCUGUUGAUGACUUAAGCCGAGGAAUCGUGAACAGGUUCUUACAUGGUCCAAUGCAGCAUUUGAGAUGUGACGGGAGUGACAGUAGAACGCUGAGCGAGACCCUUGAGAAUAUGCAUGCUUUGAACAGAAUGUACGGUCUCGAGAAGGACAUUUUGGAGGAGAAGCUCAAGGCAAUGACAUCGGGACAACAGAAGUGAAAGAUAGGGUCUGGUCCAUCUCUUUUGACAGACAAGAAAUGCCUUCCCUGCAAACCCGAGUAAAUUGCAUAUACCAUUAAGCUGAGGAUCUAUAUGAUUCAUUUAAUUUGUGUACAAGAGACAGGUUUGUUUUGCUAACAUUUUUAUGUCGUUUAAAGUAUUUGUGAAGCUAAGCGAGCUUUGUUGCAUGUUUUUGCUUCAUACACUCGAAUAUAACGGUACUGAUCCAAGUACCGUUACUCAUUUGUAAUAUAUAAACUUUUGUUCAUGUGGUAUAGAGAUGUUUUUCCUUUUGUUUA